AUGGACCUGCUUCACGACACACCGUUGGGUAUCCUGCUGAAUUUCCUGGCCCGCGGGAAGAUCAAGCAGCUCCAGUAUUAUGAAGAAAAGAACCCAGAGAUAUGGAGGAGGUACAUCGAGCCCGACGCAAGCGACAGGAGUAUAGCGAACUCGUCGCAAGAAGGAGUACCCGAGCAAGCAGAAGGAGCUAGUCAGGUCCAGAGCGAGGUGACAGAUGUGAGGGUAGACUCCGAGAAGGGGGAGGAUAUGCGCCUUGUCGAGUUCCUCCCUGGAGAUCCAGAGAAUCCACUAAACUGGUCGCUCACAAAAAAGACCUUCGCAACAUUUCAGAUAUGUCUCCUAACCAUCGCCAUUUACAUCGGCUCCGCCAUUUACGCAGCUGGUGUGAGGGACGUCUCACGGGUAUUUGGGGUCAGUCCAGUUGCUGGAAUCUUGGGCCUCACGCUCUUUGUCGCCGGAUACGGGCUUGGACCGAUGGUUUGGAGUCCCAUCUCGGAAGCUCCCCAGAUUGGCCGCAAUCCCGUCUAUAUCGGUAGUAUCGCCCUCUUCGUACUUUUGCAGAUUCCGACGGUUCUGUCAGUGAACUUCGGAAUGCUACUAGCGUUCCGCUUUAUCACUGGUUUCGUCGGAUCGCCUGUCCUUGCUGUUGGAGGCGCUUCACUAGCCGAGAUUUGGAGGCCGCAGAAACGCGCUUACGCGAUUUGCAUUUGGGGCAUCGCUGCUGUCUGCGGUCCUACCAUGGGACCUGUGAUUAGCGGCUUCGCAGUCGACGCCAACGGCUGGACCUGGACCAUCUUGGAGCUCAUCUGGAUCGGAGGGUUCACCUUCAUUCUGCUCUUCGUCUUUCUCCCAGAGACGAGCUCCAGCAAUAUUCUCUUCCGCCGUACACGACGUAUCAGAAAGCUGACUGGCAAUGAUAAGCUCAUCAGCAGGGGAGAGCUAAUGGCAGAAACUAUGACGAGGCGGGACGUCGUCCAGAUGCUGCUUGUCCGCCCAUUCACUCUCAACUUCACAGAGCCCAUGGUUUUCCUCCUGAAUCUCUAUACGGCUCUCAUCUAUGGACUGCUUUACAUCUGGUUUGAGUCAUUUGCCGUUGUCUUUCGAGGCAUCUACGGGUUCAAUACCGGGUUGAUUGGGCUCUCAUUCCUUGGAAUUUUUGUCGGUGCCGUGAUUAUCGUACCGCCUUUUUUCUGGUACCUGCACAAGUACCUCGAACCAGAGUUCGACGAAAAUGGAUUUAUCCAACCGGAGAAACGGCUCCCCCCAGCGUUCUUAGGUGGCGUCGCAAUUCCAAUCUGUUUGUUUUGGUUCGGCUGGUCUUCAAGACAGAGCAUCAACUGGAUCAUGCCUAUCAUCGGUUCUGCCUGGUUCAGUAUCGGAUCCUUCUUAUUAUUCAACCCGGUGUUGAACUACCUCACAGACGCGUACCCCGAGUACGCUGCAUCGGUGCUUGCUGGAAACGACCUGUUUCGGAGUGCGUUUGGUGCAGGUUUCCCCAUGUUUGCGACGGCCAUGUACACCAGGCUGGGUGUUGGUUGGGCAAGUUCUUUGCUCGCAUUUCUUGCCAUCGUUUUCAUUCCCAUUCCAAUUGUUCUCUGGAAGUAA